ACACAGAGAUAGAAAUUAAAAAAAGCAAAAUGCCAAAGCUGGAGCAAUUAGAGGACAUAUUGGGAACACUAGAAGGCUUCACAGUGAAAGAGAACUGGGACAGGUUCUUCACCAUUCGAGGCAGUGACAACGAAUUCGAGUGGUACGCUCAGUGGGCCGACCUCAGAGGCCCACUCCUCGCCCACCUCUCGAAGCUCCAGUCCCAAACCCUACCGCUGCAAAUACUCGUUCCCGGUUGCGGCGUUUCCAACCUCUCUGAUCACCUCUACGACGCUGGGUUUAAGGCCAUCACGAACAUUGACUUCUCUGAGAUUGCCGUGUCCGAUAUGCUGCAACGGAAUGCGUGCCAACGCCCUGGUAUGAAAUGGCAAGUCAUGGACAUGACCACCAUGCAGUUUGAAGAUGAGAGCUUUGACGUUGUGGUUGACAAAGGUGGAUUGGACGCCUUGAUAGAGCCCGAGUUUGGCCUUAAGAAGGGGAAUCAAUACUUAUCAGAUGUAAACAGAGUUUUAAAAUCGGGAGGAAAAUUUGUUUGCUUUACAUGGGGUUUCUGCGAUGUUUUGGGUUUGCUCUUCUCCAACUUCCGGCUUGGUUGGAAAAUGGGUAUUUAUGCCAUGCCUCUGAAACCAAACUGUACCAAACCAAAUGAUCUUCAGACUUUUAUGGUGGUUGCUGAAAAGGAGACGCCUUCUGCAUUGCAUCAGAUAACGUCAACAUUCACAAUUUCUCAUGGAAAUCAGACUUGUAGCCUCCUUGAAGCUCUUGAAAACGAGAAUCGAGUUCGUAAAGAAUACUCCACUGCUGGUUCUGAUAUGGCAGUGCUCACCUGAAGACCUGCAGAUAGGUGUAAAAACUUGGCUCAAGCAGAAUUCCAACAGUAUAAUAGUAAAUAAGUUGGCAUGGUUCAGUAGAAUAAGGUGGAUUUACCAUCAAUCUAUCAUCCGCUCCGCUCUUUGUAAUGAUGUAUCUUUUUUUUUUGUUUAUGUUUUUUUCUUACUAUAUUUUGUGUGUUUGUUUUUGUACUUAUGAAUCUCAAAAUAAGACACAACCACGGUUUAUAGGAACCAUGGUUUGUGUCGUUUUACAAGAAUAAUAUGACGGAUAUAUCAUCAAACUUUUUAUUUUUUUAU